AUGACAAGACGGUACAAGAGCGUGUUCAAGCCGGUCGUCAAGGGCGUCAUGAAUUGGUACAGGCCCGAGGCGGUCACGCUACAGUGUGGUGGUGAUAGCUUGUUGGGCGACAGGCUCGGCUGCUUCAAUCUCAGCAUGGAGGGCUAUGCCAACUGCCCCAAGUUUGUCGAGAGCUGUGUUAUCCGUGGUGAUUGGAAGGAGAUUCAGCUCCGAGACCGCCGUUCCGUCGGUCUUCCUGCCCACCAACAAGCAUGUCUCUUUCCGGGAUUAAGACUGUCUGAAUCUCAACCGCCAUGCCUGGAGCUUGUUGGACUGCCGGGUGAGAGGUCUGCGUACGGUCCCCCGUCCGUAAAUCCAGCCGCACGUCCAGCCCCGGCGGCGUGGUCCCAGUGCGGGCGGAUCGAGCCGCCGUUGAAGGAUCCCACGCCCAACAUUUGA